AUGUCGCUCCACCAGCGGCCGCACCAGAAGCCGCUGGGCGCGGACUCCCUCCCCGUCUCCACGGGCCCCGCUAACGCCGCUCCUUCCCGCCCCCUGCCCCUCCUCACGCUCCCCUACCUUUUCUCCCUUCUCGCGCUCCUCCUCCUGCUCGCCCUCCUCUUCCCCUGGGGGCCGCCCCGCCACUCCGCGCCGGCCUCCCCGUGGCGCUCCUACACGCUCCAAGACGCCGCCGCCUUCGCCGCGGCCUCCGGCAACGGCACCAUCAUCCUCGCCGCCGUCUCCGGGCCAUACCUCCCCUUCCUCUCCAACUGGCUCAUCAGCGUCCGCCGCGCCGGCCGCGCUAACCAGGUGCUCGUCAUCGCCGAGGACUACGAGACCCUCGACCGCAUCAAUGCCGCAUGGCCCGGCCACGCCGUCCUCGUGCCCCCCGCGCCCGACGCCCAGGCCGCUCACAAGUUCGGGUCGCAGGGGUUCUUUAACUUCACCUCGCGGCGGCCGCGGCACCUGCUGCAGAUUCUCGAGCUGGGGUACAGCGUCAUGUACAAUGACGUUGACAUGGUGUGGCUUGCCGACCCGUUUCCAUAUCUAGUUGGCAACCACGACGUGUACUUCAUGGACGACAUGACUGAAGUGAAGCCACUAGAGCAUUCACAUGCGCUGCCGCCGCCAGGUAAGAAGGGGCGGCCAUACAUUUGCAGCUGUAUGAUCUUCCUGCAGCCAACAGAAGGGGCAAAGCUGUUGAUGAGGAAGUGGAUUGAGGAGCUCAAGGAACAGCCCUGGUCGAAGCAAGCAAAAUCAAAUGAUCAGCCAGCAUUCAACUGGGCUUUACUAAAGACUGCCGGGCAGGUGGACGUGUAUUUACUACCUCAGUCUGCUUUUCCAACUGGAGGUCUAUAUUUCAAGAACAAAACAUGGGUCAAGGAGACAAAGGGCAAGCAUGUCAUUAUACACAACAACUACAUAACAGGGUUUGAAAAGAAGAUAAAACGCUUCCGUGAUCAUAAACUCUGGCUGGUGGAUGAACACGGUGACGAGUCACCACUUGGUAAAAUAUGA